UCGAGGGGAAAGAUGGCGGCGAGGUUGAGCGGUGGAGAGAACCGGUUGGUGUCGCUGCCCCUAUCGCGUAUCCGCGUGAUCAUGAAGAGCUCACCGGAGGUCUCCAGCAUCAACCAGGACGCGCUGUUCCUCACCGCCAAGGCCACGGAGCUUUUUGUUCAGUAUUUGGCUACAUACUCCUACAAACAUGGCAGAGGCAAGGAGAAGAAUGCUCUAACUUACAGUGACCUGUCUCAUACUGCAGAAGAGUGUGAGACCUUUCAGUUCCUUACAGAUAUCUUGCCAAAGAAGAUCCUAGCUAGCAAAUACCUGAAAAUGCUUGAAAAAGAGAAGCAAGAUGGAGAAGUGGGGGAAGGUGAUGAAGAUGAGGAGGAAGAAGAUGAAGCUGUUGAAGAUGUUCAAUCUUAAGAUCAAUAGAGAACUGUUUCAUAGUUGAUGCAUUUUCUAUUGUAUAAAGAAUGUUAUUUUUGUGACUAAGAAUCCAGAUGCUGGAUAUAUUUAUAUACUGAGCCAUCUGCUUUUGCUUUAAGAAGUUUAGAAACUGAACUUUAUACUUGCUGAAGAAUGGAAUUCUUCCCUCAGAACCAUGGUGGGGUAAGAAGAGCUGAUGUAAAUCUGACAGCAGAACUUGCUCAGAUCAUUUAUAACAACUUCUUCAGACAAUCAUUAUCAAAAUUUAAAAUUUCUUCCAGGCAGCUUUCAGUCCAAAAGCUCUUUCACCCUCUGACUAGAAGGCCAUCUUGCUCCAAUUUGUUUCUCUUCAGAGUGGAAGAUAAGGUGAGGGGAGGUGUUAUGUGUCUGCUAUCUUCAGCCCUCUCCUUGGGGAGCCAAUGAAAUUCCUGUUUUCUGAAACAGUGCCAGGGCUUUAGCAGUGGACCAAGCCCAUUUAAAAAAAACUCCUGUAAAAACAGCUGCUUCUGUGAUGCACCCCAAGUAGCCAUGCUGGCACAGAAACCGGGCAGAGGAUGAAAUCCAGUCCAAGUGCCGGUGUGGUUUUGUGGCCGUCAAAAGAACAUGUGUUAGAUAAUGAUGUAAAUAUGUACAUCUGGAACCUUUAAUGAACUCUUCUUCUGCAGUUUGUCCCUGGGGUUCUACCAAAACGCACACUGAAGUUUCUUACGUGUGGAUUGUUGAGAAUGAGCAACCCCUUGACCAUUGGAGUGACAGCUGGAUUUUCCCUUUGGUUUUGUUUUGUGGAUUUUUUGGUUGUUGCUGGGUUUUUUACUAUAGAAAUGGUAACCAUCCUGUGUAGAACUUUAUAUGCAACUUUUUAAAAUAAAUGUUUUGUAUGAA